AGGCGGCCACUACCCCAACUCGCUACGUAUUCCCUCGGACCGCUACACCCGCCGUGUGAGCGACUCGUCAAUGCUGGGACAAGACCAGGACGCCGUACGGGAACUGGAACAGCUUAAGCAACACAGCCGGUCGGUGGACAGCACCACGAUGCAGGAGUUGCAGCUGCAACACACGCGCCACUUUCUGCAGCGAAGACAGGAGGGCGUCGGACAGCUGGGAGCGCCAGGCGGACUCGCUCACACGGGUAGCCACAGCGACCAGGCGCUACUACGUAACAUGGAAACGCUGCGACUACAGACUGAUGUGUCCCUGCAGCCGUUCGGACUUGGACCAGUCAGUGCCACCCUGCAGCGUCACAGCUGUCCCGGCUCCCCCGUCUCGCUGCCGACCCGUCUGGUGAGCGCCCCGUGCUCGGCCGGCGGCAGCAUCACCUCUGGUACCUCCAACUCGAGCGCGGCCGCCUCCCGCGAGCAGCUGGUGCCGCUAGAGACCGGUCUCCACCACCUGCCGCAGCUGCCGCACCGCGCCGGCAGUCCUCUGACGGCCGCCAACCUGGGCCGCAUCCAGGAGGACUCUGAGAUGCUGCUGGGCAUGCCGUUGGUGGCGCCGCCGGCCGCCGGCCAGCGGAUGUCGAUCACGACGGGCACGCUAGCGCCGGAGCCGGCCGCCGCGCCGGCCAUCUCUGUGACCGACGAGAGCGGCGCGCCGGUGGUGGACGGCCAGCCGCCGCCGCCGCCGCUCUACCAGGUGGUGCCGGCCGGCGCGCGGCCGCAGAGGCCCAGCAUCACGCGCGGCACGGGCCUGCGCCAGUUCUGGGGCGUGCCCGGCUGGCCGGGGCUCGAUCAGAUGGAGGUGGACUCUGAGAGUGCGCCGGCGGAGGGCGGCGGUCCGCACCAGGACCAGCAGCUGCUCAUCACUAACUGAGCCGCCGCCGAGCCGAACGCCGCCGAACGCAGCGGUGGCUGUUUUCGCCAUGACUGCGUGGAGUCAAACACGCAUAAUUCGCUCGCAUUUUAGCUGGCGCGGCGUCGCCCGCGCUGCGCACUUGCAUUCCACGGGAGGCGUCGCCUGACGGCCGCGCCAGCCUCGCCAAUAUCAUGGAGAGUAGAUUUUCGGGAUGGAUGCUAGGUCGACAUUGUUUUUCCUCUCUGGACGGCGGUAUAGAUGUCUGUUUUGCAUGGUUGUUGCGUCGCGCCGCGUCCAAUUUUGGUGGAGCUGUAACCCACCCGUCUCUGCCCCUUCGGCGACUGGGUCGGCGCGACCGCUGCGCCCCCCAUUUGCCGACUUUGAUUUUCAGUCUGUGAUACUGCCGUGCGGUGUAUGUAUAUAAAUCGUUUCAUCAUUCCACUAUGCAUGGCUGGUGGUGAGGGUCGCCGUCGACGCCGUGACCGCUGUGUGGCGGAUAGCGGCGCUUCUGGGCGACCUGUCCGAGCUUCUGUAGGCGACGUGGGCGGGCACCCGCGGGCCGGCGACCUGCGGGGUCGGGCCGGGCGGGCGAUCAGUCGAGGCAUUCCUGGUGGGACACCACCAAACCUGACAGAGCGAGAGAGAGAGUGAGAGAGAGCGAGGGAGCACGGGUAGAGCGAACGCGCGUUACUUUUUCCCUGUCAUCGUGGCAUGUGCAAUGCUGAAUCCGAGAGCGGGUAUAUAUGGUAAACGGGACGGCCGGGCCGACUGGUGGGGGCCGAGAGAGCUCCCUCAGUGUGAUACCGCGAGCGGGCGCAUCCUGUGUGUGUGCGUGUGUGUCGGCUCGGGCCGCGCCGGGCCCGGCGGGGCGCUUCUCUCGCAUUCCGCGGCCUCCGUUGGCCGCGCGAGGUGACGGGCCCGCUGGCGGCGGCCGUUUCCGACAAUAAUGUUUAGUGGUGUGGGCGGGAGAUGGCGCCGGUGUCGUCACGCGCCUCUCCCAGGGCGCACGGCGGUGACCGGUCAGCUGGGGCCUUAGUGUAUCUAUAUACUUCAAACCAAGUGUGAGCGCGGAAUAUGUGUGUAAAUAACUAUGUAAAAGAUCAUCUCCGUCUAACGACUCAAUGGAAUAAAAAAUAAACUCAAA